AGAGGCAGGCAGACAGGCAGCUCCAGCCCCUCGCAGAGGGCGUGGCAGGCUCCUCCUCCGGCUCGUCUGACUCCGAGAAGAAAAGUUUUCCGUGAAGGAUCCGCAGAGUUUCUCACUUCUCUCUCCUGCUCCGCAUCAUGUCCGGCGUGGCCUCCACUCUGGCCAAGCAGCGCGCGCUGGCUGCGGGCUUCGGCACCAACGCCAACGCGGUGCGCUACCUGAACCAGGACUUCGCCGCCCUGCGCGCCCAGUGCCGCUCCGCCGGGAAACUGUUCUGCGACCCGGCCUUCCCCGCCGCGCCCGAGGCCCUGGGCUUCAAGGACCUGGGCCGGAGCUCCUCCAAGGUCCGGGGAGUCACCUGGAAGAGACCCGCGGAACUGGUCUCUAAUCCGGAGUUCAUUGUGGGCGGAGCCACCAGGACCGAUAUCUGCCAGGGAGCACUAGGUGACUGCUGGCUGCUGGCCGCCAUCGCCUCGCUGACCCUGAAUGAGUACGUGAUGGCCAGAGUCGUGCCCACCGACCAGAGCUUUGGUGACGACUACGCCGGCAUCUUCCACUUCCAGUUCUGGCAGUACGGGGAGUGGGUGGACGUCGUCAUCGACGACCGGCUGCCGGUCAAAGACGGAGAGCUGCUGUUCGUCCACUCGGCUGAGGGGAGGGAGUUCUGGAGCGCCCUGCUGGAGAAGGCCUACGCCAAAGUCAACGGCUGCUAUGAGGCCCUGUCUGGAGGCUCCACCACGGAGGGCUUCGAGGACUUCACCGGAGGCAUCGCCGAGAACUUUGACCUCCAGCGGCCGCCGCCAAACCUCUUCCACAUCAUCAAGAAGGCCCUGGAGGCCGGAGCUCUGCUGGGCUGCUCCAUCGACAUCACCAGCGCCGCGGACUCGGAGGCCGUCACCCGUCAGAAGUUGGUGAAAGGCCACGCCUACUCGCUGACCGGUGCCGUGGAGGUGAACUACCGCGGCCGGAUGGAGAAGCUGGUGAGGAUCAGGAACCCCUGGGGUCAGGUGGAGUGGACCGGAGCCUGGAGCGAUGGGUCGUCCGAGUGGAGCUCUGUGCAAGGAGACUGUCCCCACGCCAACGCAGAGGACGGAGAGUUCUGGAUGUCCUUCAGCGAGUUCUCGCGUAACUACAACCGGGUGGAGGUGUGCACUCUGACCCCCGACACCAUCGACGACGACUCCGUCAAACACUGGAGCGUCAGCAAGUUCGACGGCACCUGGAGGAGAGGGUCCACCGCCGGGGGCUGCCGGAACAACCCCUACACCUUCUGGAUGAACCCUCAGUUCGUGAUCCGGCUGGAGGAGGAGGAUGACGACCCGGGCGACGGCGAGGUGGGCUGCAGCUUCGUGGUCGGUCUGAUCCAGAAGAACCGGCGUAAGCUGCGUAAGCAAGGAGAGGACAUGCACACCGUCGGCUUCGCCAUCUACGAGGUUCCACAGCAGUUCUACGGGCAGAGGGAUGUCCACCUGGACAAGAACUUCUUCCUGACCCACGCUCAGACGGCCAAGUCCGAAACCUUCAUCAACCUGCGUGAGGUCAGCACGCGCUUCAAGCUGCCGCCCGGCGAGUACCUGGUGGUGCCCUCCACCUUCGAGCCGCACCUCAACGGGGACUUCUGCAUCCGGGUGUUCUCCGAGAAGCAGAGCGAGACCCUGCCGUGCGAUGACCCCGUCAGCGCCGAGCUGGAAGACGAAACCGUGUCCGACGAAGAGGUGGACGCCGGGUUCAGAGGCCUCUUCACCAAACUGGCCGGAGAUGACAUGGAGAUCUCCGCCCCGGAGCUGAAGACCAUCAUGAACAAGAUCGUAUGCAAACGAACCGACAUCAAGACGGACGGCUUCAGCCUGGAGACCUGCAGGGUCAUGGUGAACCUGAUGGACGACAGCGGGAACGGGAAGCUCGGCCUCGGGGAGUUCGCCACUCUGUGGAAGAAGGUGCAGAGAUACCUGACCAUCUACAAGAAGAAUGACUCUGAUAACUCAGGAACGAUGAGCACUCCAGAGAUGAGAGUGGCCUUCAAAGACGCAGGGUUCUCUCUCAACAACACCAUCUACCAGCUGCUGGUGGCUCGUUACUCCGACCCCGACAUGACCAUCGACUUCGACAACUUCACGGGGUGUCUGAUGAGGCUGGAGAUGAUGUUCAAGAUCUUUAAGAAGCUGGACGCUCACGACAGCGGCUCCAUCGAGCUCGACUUCAACCAGUGGUUGAACUUCUCCAUGAUCUGAGUCCAGAGCUCAGGACCAGCAUCCUGAUCCUCCUCCUGACUGAAGACAUGGAGCAUCAAUUAUAUCAAUGCACUUAAUAAAGGUUACCCACAAUC